AUGUCUGCUUUAUCUGAUCUAUUUUGGUUUUCCUUAUCAUUUAUGUUAUUAUUUGAUGGCACAAUUUUCUGUUCAACUUCCUGCUUGGCUACUUCUUCUACCUCGUUCAGUUUAGUUUUUUCCUCCUCUUCUUCCUUAGCCUUUCUGGCAGCUUCCUCUCUCUUAGCCUUAAGAUCAGCUUCUUCUUUAGCUUUUCUAGACGCUUCCUCUUGCUUAGCUUUCUUUUCAGCUUCCUGCUUUGCUUUUCUUUCAGCAUCUUCUCGUUUCGCUUUAAGAUCUGCUUCUUCCUUAGCUUUUCUUUCAGAAUCUUCUCGUUUCGCUUUAAGAUCUGCUUCUUCCUUAGCUUUCUUUUCAGCUGCUGCUUCCUUUGCUCGUCGCUCAGAUUCCUGUUUAGCUUUGAGCUCUGCUGCUUCUUUUGCUCGUCGCUCAGAUUCCUGUUUAGCUUUGAGUUCUGCUGCUUGCUUGGCCUCGCGCUCUGCCGCUUUCUUUUUUCUUUAG